AUGCCUGCGGUCCGCGGUGAAGGGAUGAGGGGCUUGGCAGUUUUUAUAUCUGAUAUUCGUAACUGCAAGAGUAAAGAAGCCGAAAUAAAGCGGAUUAACAAGGAGUUGGCCAACAUUCGAAACAAAUUCAAGGGCGACAAGACCUUGGAUGGAUACCAAAAGAAGAAGUAUGUCUGCAAGUUGCUGUUCAUUUUCCUUCUGGGACACGACAUUGACUUUGGUCAUAUGGAAGCUGUCAAUUUGCUUAGCUCAAACAAAUACUCAGAGAAGCAAAUAGGCUAUCUCUUCAUUUCUGUGUUAAUGAACGCCAACAAUGACUUAAUGAAACUGAUCAUCCAGUCGAUCAAGAAUGAUCUGAACUCUCGUAAUCCAAUUCACGUCAACCUAGCGUUGCAGUGCAUCGCCAAUAUUGGAUCCACAGAAAUGGCCGAGUCCUUUGGCAAUGAUAUUCCACGUCUUCUAGUGUCUGGCGAGACGAUUGACGUUGUGAAGCAGAGUGCCGCUCUCUGUCUGCUGCGUCUCUACCGGGCACUGCCUGACCUGAGCCCCGGCGCCGAGUUCACCUCCCGCAUUGUGCAUCUACUGAACGACCAGCACAUGGGCGUAGUGACCGCCGCCGUCAGCCUGAUCAACGCUCUGGUGAAUCGAAAUCCGGACGAGUACAAGGGCUGCAUCUCACUGGCGGUGUCGCGGCUGAGUCGCAUCGUCACUGCGUCCUACACCGAUCUGCAGGACUACACCUACUACUUUGUGCCAGCGCCGUGGCUGUCGGUGAAGCUGCUGCGUCUUCUGCAGAACUACCCGCCUCCAGAUGAUCCGGGCGUUCGAGGCCGACUGAACGAGUGCCUCGAGACGAUUCUGAACAAGGCGCAGGAGCCGCUGAAGUCGAAGAAGGUGCAGCACUCGAAUGCGAAGAACGCCAUUCUCUUUGAAGCCAUCAGCCUUAUCAUUCACAUGGACAACGAGCCGAACCUGCUUGUGCGAGCUUGCAACCAGCUGGGCCAGUUUCUGCAGCACCGUGAGACCAACUUGCGCUACCUGGCGCUAGAGAGCAUGUGCCUUCUGGCCACCUCGGAGUUUUCGCACGAAGCGGUGAAGAAGCACCAGGACACGGUGAUCAACGCCCUCAAGACGGAGCGAGACGUCAGCGUCCGGCAGAGGGCCGUCGAUCUGCUCUACGCAAUGUGUGAUAAGACCAAUGCCGAGGAGAUUGUUGCUGAGAUGCUCUCGUAUCUGGAAACAGCCGAUUACUCUAUACGCGAGGAGAUGGUGCUGAAAGUGGCCAUUCUCGCGGAAAAGUACGCCUCUGACUACACCUGGUACGUGGACGUGAUCCUCAAUCUCAUUCGAAUUGCCGGCGACUACGUCAGCGAAGAGGUCUGGUACCGAGUCAUCCAAAUUGUCAUCAACCGAGAAGAUGUCCAGGGCUACGCGGCAAAGACGGUUUUUGAGGCGCUGCAAGCUCCGGCGUGUCAUGAAAAUAUGGUCAAAGUGGCCGGCUACAUUUUGGGCGAAUUUGGUAAUCUCAUUGCAGGCGACCAAAGAUCGAGCCCUAUCAUUCAGUUUCAGCUGCUGAACUCCAAGUACCACCUCUGCUCGACGAACACGCGUGCACUCUUGCUGACCACCUACGUCAAGUUCAUCAACCUCUUUCCGGAGAUUAAAGUCGACAUUCAGACAGUGCUGAAGAAUCACAGCAACAUCAAAAGCGCCGAUGCAGAGCUGCAGCAGCGAACCGUUGAGUACUUACAGCUGAGUCAAAUUGCCAGCACUGAGGUGCUAGCGACAGUACUCGAAGAGAUGCCUCCAUUCCCCGAACGAGACUCUUCCAUUCUCGCCACCCUGAAGAAGAAGAAGCCCGGAAUGAAUGUGCCUGACAAGGUCCUCAAGGAGGGGCGAAAUUCAAUUCCCAACGCCAUCAACAACUCGACCGAUUUGCUGGGCCUGACUGCCUCUGCCGCGCCGGCUACCGACGCUCUGGGCGUCGCCCUCGGCCAGAACAGCUCUAACCUGUUGGUGGACAUCUUUGGCGACCCUGUCGGUCCCAGCGAUGGUCUGAACAGCUCCGACGGUUUCAAUGGUCUGGCGGCGGCCAGUGACGGGACGGUGGUCAUUCACAGUAAUGAGGAGUGCAUCGACAAGCUGCUAUGCAAGAACAAUGGCAUUGUCUUUGAGAACACCCUCAUUCAAAUCGGUGUCAAAUCGGAGUACAAGCAAAAUCUGGGCAGAAUCAGCCUCUUCUACGGUAAUAAGACCACUGGCAAAUUUACCCAGUUUCUUCCAGCCAUCACCUGUCCGGGAACUCUCGCACUGGACGUUCAAGCCAAGCCCGUGGAGACAGCUAUUGAGGGCGGCGCUCAGGUGCAACAGCUUAUCAACGUCGAAUGCAUCGACCACUUUGCCUCAAUGCCGACACUGGUGGUGCAGUUCAUCAGCAAUACGAAUGUCCCGCAGAAAAUUACACUGCAACUACCGAUUACCAUCAACAAGUUCUUUGAGCCCACCACAAUGAACUCAGAGAACUUUUUUCAGAGGUGGAAAAACUUGAACAAUCCUGGUCAGGAAGCUCAAAAGAUUUUCAAGGCAAAGUUUUCAAUGGAGGGUGACAACUCGCGAACCAAAUUGAGUGGAUUUGGCUUUCAACUGCUGGAGAACGUUGACCCGAAUCCGGAAAAUUACGUUUGCGCUGCCAUUUUCCACAGCCGCCAAGUACAGGUGGGCUGUCUUCUUAGGUUGGAGCCGAACAAACAAGCACAGAUGUACCGACUUACAAUACGAUCCAGCAAGAAUGACACCUCAGGGAGGGUGUGCGAACUGCUGCAGGAUCAGUUCUAA